GAGGUGAAUGGUAGAAGGAUAAAGCGCACAGCCAUCAGGCGGCCUCUGUGGUAACUUUGAGAGCUCAGCACAGAACAAGUUAAUCGCGCCACAGGCCGGAGAGAGGGAAAGCGAAGGAUUCCCGGGGCCACGCCCCCUCACACACCGGCCAAUCCCCGCUUCUCCACGUCGAUGACGCAGGCAGGGGCUCCCACGUGACCGCAAUGGAAUGCAAACAAUGCGGCGGGCGCCCAAGUCCAACCCGCUACAUUCUAUCGGCGGCGGCGGCGGGGACGGGCGGAGAGCGGAACCGUCUGUUGGCUUGCACCGAGCGGAACUCCGCCUGGAAUGUGCCUCUGUGACUGAGGAGCUGACGCCAAGAGGAAAAAGGAGGCGGCAGAGGAGGAGGAAAAGCAGAACUUCCAGCGCUAUCCCAAAGAGAAAGGGAGCCGUCCUAUUUCUGUGUUUCCCUAUAAUCUACAAAGGCUUAUUCUGUGGAAAUGUUGGGAAGAAGGAGACAGCAGCGCAAGGAGCUCAGGGAGACCAGCAAAGGCUGAAAAUAAGGAUGUGUGACAUAAAUGAACCACAGUGGUGCUGUGAAUUUAGUCAUUCGGCAAUAAGAAGAGCAACCGACCUGUAGGCGUCAUGCGUCAAUACUGCAGAUGUAUAAACAUGGACCAUUUUCCAUAGAGCGUAGCAGCACAGCAAUAAGAAGUGUAUGUAGAGACUAAACUGAAUUAGCCAUGAGGCCAAAGACUUUUCCUGCCACAACGUAUUCUGGCAACAGCAGGCAGAGACUGCAGGAAAUACGCGAGGGAUUAAAACAGCCCUCGAAACCUCCAACCCAGGGACUGCUUGUUGGGCCAGCCCAAGAAACCCUGCUGGAUCCUAAAGUUCUGCAGAGCAAAGAUGGUGCCAGGCAGCAGCAGCAACAGCUUCGCCAGCCGGCAAAGUUUGCACCUUAUCAAAAGGCUUUGCGAGAAAUCAGGUACUCCCUGCUGCCCUUUGCCAACGAAUCGGGGAAUGCGGCAGCUGUGGAAGUGAACAGGCAGAUGCUACAAGAGCUGGUGAAUGUGGGUUGUGACCAGGAAAUGGCAGUACGCGCUCUGAAGCAGACUGGGAGCAGGAGCAUUGAAGCUGCUUUGGAGUAUAUUAGUAAGAUGGGUUAUCUGGACCCGAGGAAUGAGCAGAUUGUUCGAGUGAUCAAGCAGACAUCACCAGGAAAAGUCACACCUCCUAAUAGUGUAUCUCACCGAGCAAACUUUGAAGGAUCAAAUGAGACCUUUUCUCCUUAUCAUCCGGUGAACAAUGCAGCUUAUGAAGGGCCUGGCUUUGCAGCAGAAGGUGCCAAUGUCCUCAGUGAGGUACCGCGGCAGUACAUGGACUACUUGCUUUCUUCACCUCAGCCUGCCACACUGAAUGGCCCGUCUCAAAGGCCUCUCCCUGUAGUAGGUGCUCACAACUCCCCUGUCAGCCACCAGCAGAAGGGAUAUGUAACAAACGCAGAGUCUGCUGUGAUUAAUUAUGUUAUUGGGAGUCACAACAGCCCAGGUCUGCCAAUACAAACGCCUCAUGCCUCAAGUAGUCCACACUAUAGCCGGCAGCACAUGAUGGUGCAAGGGGAUCCCAUGGGCUAUAGCGUGCAGAGAACACCAUCAUUUCAAAACAAGAUGCAGCAAGAUGGAGGCUAUGUUAAUAUACCCCAGACCAGUCCAGGACAUGCCUAUACACAGGCUCCUUCUGGUCUGUACAUGCCACACACUCACCACAAGCAAACGAGUCCUCCCUCUCAUCAGAUGCAUGUGAUAUCCAGAGGUUCACCAUACGGUAAUGAGUUUUCAGACACUCCACAAGCCCUGUUGACGCCAUCAAGAAAUAGUUUGAACAUGGAUCUCUAUGAUAUUGGCAAUGCAUGGCAAAACUCACAGCCUUGCCGGGACUCUCUGCAAGGCCCAGGUUUAGACUCUUCUCCGAGGCAGCAUGUGUCCUUCAGACCGGACUCACAGGUGCCAAGUCGUACUAAUUCCUUCAAUAACCACCAACAACAAAAGCAAGUGGUGAUGCGACAGACCCCACCCAACAAACCUGACUCUUCCAUGACUGCACCUAAUACUGUCACUACUGUCACAUCUACUCAUAUACUCCAGCCGGUAAAGAGCAUGAGGGUGGCGAGACCUGAGCCACAAACUGCUGUAGGCCCCUCACAUCCUAGCUGGCUAGCUGCUCAAGCACAAAAAUUAGAAACACAGAAGGUAGAGAUGGUGGAGCCACACACCUCAUCAAUGGGAGCAGCAAAUGCGUAUGGCAUGGAUGUAGGUUAUGGCAAUCAAGAUAUGAGAUUUCCACCACCUCCUUAUCCAAAACAUCUCUUGCUUCAGAACAACCCAGAACAGCAUGAACUAAAUGCCUUAUGCAAGGGAAUGGACCAGAACCUUCGUGUUUCUGAGAAUGUACCGUGUGGUCCAGUAGAUGAAGCCAAUGGGGAACCAAAACCUAGCAAAGUGAGCAAGACCCCCAAAGUUGUUAAAUCAGGGAAGGAUAAAAAGCAGAUUCAAACAUCACCCGUUCCCGUGCGCAAAAACAGCAGAGAUGAGGAAAAGAGAGAGUCCAGAAUAAAAAGCUACUCGCCUUUUGCCUAUAAGUUCUACAUGGAACAACACGUGGAGAAUGUUCUAAAGACCUACCAGCAGAAAAUCAACAGGAGACUACAACUGGAACAAGAAAUGGCCGAAGCUGGCCUCUGUGAAGCCAUUCAAGAGCAAAUGCGGAAAAUCCUGUAUCAAAAGGAGUCCAAUUAUAACAGAUUAAAGAGGGCUAAAAUGGAUAAGUCUUUAUUUGUAAAAAUCAAGACGCUAGGAAUAGGAGCAUUUGGGGAAGUGUGUCUGGCAAGCAAAGUGGACACCAAAGCACUGUAUGCUAUGAAAACCCUGCGGAAAAAGGACGUGCUGAACCGGAACCAAGUAGCCCAUGUAAAAGCAGAACGGGACAUUCUGGCCGAGGCUGAUAAUGAAUGGGUAGUGAAACUUUACUACUCUUUCCAGGACAAAGAUAGCUUGUACUUUGUGAUGGACUACAUCCCAGGUGGGGACAUGAUGAGCCUUCUCAUACGCAUGGAGGUGUUUCCAGAGCACCUUGCCAGGUUCUACAUUGCGGAGCUAACCCUCGCUAUUGAGAGUGUCCACAAAAUGGGAUUUAUCCAUAGGGACAUCAAACCGGACAACAUCCUCAUAGAUCUAGAUGGGCAUAUCAAGCUGACUGACUUUGGCCUGUGCACUGGCUUUAGGUGGACUCAUAACUCAAAAUAUUACCAAAAAGGGAACCACGCCCGACAAGACAGCAUGGAGCCUAGUGAGCUGUGGGAUGAUGUAUCCAACUGCAGAUGUGGAGACCGGCUAAAGACUUUAGAACAGCGAGCUAAAAGGCAGCAUCAUAGAUGUUUGGCUCAUUCUUUAGUGGGCACGCCUAAUUAUAUAGCCCCAGAGGUCCUGCUGCGCAAAGGUUACACUCAGCUGUGUGACUGGUGGAGUGUAGGUGUCAUUCUGUUUGAGAUGCUGGUGGGACAGCCACCCUUCCUUGCAUCAAAUCCAACUGAAACCCAGCUAAAGGUCAUACAUUGGGAGAACACCCUUCACAUUCCUUCCCAGAUCAACCUGAGUCCCGAGGCGACCAAUCUGAUCACAGCGUUGUGCUGCGGGGCUGAAGACAGACUUGGAAGAAAUGGGCCAGAUGAAAUUAAGGCCCACCCCUUCUUUAUCUCAAUGGAUUUUUCUUCUGAUAUUAGACAUCAACCAGCACCUUAUGUUCCGAAAAUCAGUCACCCAAUGGAUACCUCUAAUUUUGACCCGGUGGAGGAGGAAAAUCCAUGCAAUGACAGUGGAGACAGCACUGUGACCUGGGACACUCUUAUGAGUUCAGGAAACAAACACACCGAGCAUGCCUUUUAUGAGUUCACUUUCCGACGGUUCUUCGAUGAUCAUGGCUACCCCUUUCGGUAUCCCAAGCCUUCCAAAUUAGAGACCUCGUCGUGCGAGGAAACCGAGGAGGAAGAUAAAAAUGCCUCCAGGGAGUCAGAAGGCUGCCAGCCUGUGUAUGUGUGAGAGCUCAGAAUGGAUAUUAUGCUCACACUGAAUUACCCUCACGUUGUUGAAGGUGCUUGGCUCUUCCGGUGGAAUAUUAUAUUUUAGCCAUGACCAUUACUGGUGCCUUAAAUUCAUGCCUUGCCUGUGUGUUUCUAGGGCUCAUUUGAAGAUGCUCUUUGAUAACAAGGCUCAAAAGCCUUCUCAUAGCAGAAGGGGUUAACAUAUGUCAGUUUUAGUGGUGCAAUAUCAUAAGUACUGCAGAAGUAUUAAAGAAUAAAGUGUUCGGUGGAGUAUGUUUCCUGUGGUGCACGUGUGUGCGCGCAGGUACAGAUGAACACUCCCUCAUCAUUAGAAAUGUAAACUCAUUGUCAAAUAUGCACAAAGACAGGACAUCUGAAUUCCUCACUGAUAAACCAAAGCAAAUCAGUCUGCGUUUGGGUGGUGGAGAUGGACUCGCUUCCUUUGGGUGGAGUGGAAUUCUGGGAAUUCUUAGCUGGUCACACAAAAGCACUACAGUACCGCGUAACAGAUAGCUGCACAGCUACAGAGAGACAAGCAUGUCACGUUGUUAUCAGGGGCAUGUAAAUACUGUCCCCUUCCCGUGCUUGCAUGUUCUGCACGUUGCUCUUUUACUCCUUCAGGUUGUGAGGAUGUUCCUCAGUCUCAAUGGACUUAACCCCCUGCACCAGGACAGGUAAUGGUGUAUUUGGGAUCUAUCAUUGACUCUCUCCAGCCAGAUCCUUAUUAUCUGUGCUGGGAAUAUUAAGAGAGAUGCAUUUCCAACCAGCAAAGUGGUUUUUCUACAGGCUAUGAGUUGGGCAGCAAGAAAAGCUUUCGCCAUGAACUGGAUCUUUGGAUCUGUGGUUUUCCAGACUCUUCCAGAUUUUAUUCCAUGUUGGUUGAGAUAACUCGCUCUAAUAGUGCUUUUUCUCAGCAAUAACCUAAUAAUAAUAGAAAGCACUUUUCUAAUACCCAUAUUUCUACCAUCUACAUGGAAAUGUAACUUUGAAACAAACAUCCUCGUCAACUGAACAUUUGAUAUUCACAUCAGCACUUAAUUCUACAGUAGAAGAUGAACAUAUGGGCCUUUUAGGCUUAAGCCCUUCAGAACUACUAGUUAUUAUUAUGCAAAGCAAUAUACAGGGCAAGGGCAACAUGUAAAGAACAAAAUGGAUUCCUGAAAAAUGUAUGGCUCUUCCUUGUACUGUAGAUUAAGCUAGCAGGUCAUUGUUAUUAAGGGGAAACUGGCCUGGCUAUAAACAUAUACACAAACUUUAGUGAAUGUUUAAUGUAUGACAAAUAGGUUUUAUUUUUUGAGUUGUUAAUUGCUGUUGGUUCGGCCCCUCCAAACUGAGCAGCUUAUUGGUCCUUUUUUCGCAUGCCCAAUCAAUAUCCGGUAAAAAAAAAAAAAAAAAAAAGAUAUUUAUUGGGCAGGUCUGAAAAUCCCAUUAUAUGAGAACCACAUUGAUGUGCUAACAGUCCUCACACAACAGCAAACAAGCUCGAGAUGUAUGUCUAGCAAGGCUGGAGCAGAUUUUAGCACUGAAAUGUGCAAAUAUGCAUUUCGCUACUGAAAUCUGCUCCAUGUGGCCCGCCCUGGGCUGUUGCAAUGGCUCCGGGUGCAGGGACAGGCUGAUGCCAGCAUAGAGCUUGGUUCUCGACUUGUCUUUAUCCGCAGGCCAAGAAUCUGUCCCGUCUGGCAUUAGCCUAGCUCACACUGACUGGGCAUUCCAAACCAUCCGUGCUGGACAAUAUCGUUAGACCAAAAAGUCAGUCUGUGACCUAUUGCAGUAGGAAAUAAGGUAAAAAAAAAAAAUCACAAAACAAUAAAUAUCUGGGAAAAAGCUUAAAAAAGUGAUACUGAUUAAACAUCUACUACAGUUUAGUACCCUUUAAUAAGAUCCAGCUUUUUUGGGAUUGUUGGCCUUAUAUAUUAACUUUAAUGUAGGCAGAUACUAAAAGAGUCAGUUUGCAAUUGGUCUUCAGUUUUUAUUGUUUGGAUUUAUGUCCAGCAGCUUUCCAGUGUGGAACCUAGCUGCUAGGGUCCACUUUACCAUAGGAACCAGUCAGUGGUUGGAAUGAGAUGAAUAGAAGAGGGACUAAAUAGAACCAUAAGUAAUAAAAGGUAACACAAGUGUAGCCUCAUACAGCAAUAGGUUUUUGGCUUCCAGAGUCAGCAACCCACAACAGCAUAUUAAAUUGCAAGCUGGAAACAGGCCAAUGAGAGAGGCAAAUAAUUCAUUAACUAUAACAUGCUAAAAGGUAAUUGAAGAAUGGAGACUAAUGUCACAGGGGGUUGAUUCUUGGGCAGUGGAUAAAUGCAGGCUGAGAAUUGGCCCCUAUGUUGGCAUCAGCCUUUCCCUUUGGGUACAGGUACAGUUUGAUGCCAGCGUAGGGGCUGAUUGUUGGCCUGCAUCUCUCCAUAGACUGAGAAUGAGCCCCAUGUGGCAUUAGCCUAAGUGCCAUCCUUUGUAUACAGCUGGAGCAUCUGCAGGCUGAGAAUAUCCCUGUAAGCGACUGUAGCCUGCAAAUGGAGUGAUAGAUAAAGCUACAUACCUGCAGUUCCCAGUAUAUCUUUUCCAAAGUUGUAAUUAGCUUUAAGAACAAAAUAUAUAUAAAAAAAAAAAGAAAUUAAACAAAUAGAAAAUGAAGGAAAAAAAAAAAUCUGAAAAAGACCCUGGAGAAAGCGCUUGGCUGUACUGAAUCUAAUGCUGCAGGACUUCGCUGGGUAGUAAUAAUAUGACAACAAAAAAAACUUAUUGUAAAUUGUAAAAUAUACCAGAAAUCUUUAUAUUAUAUAGAUAUAUAUAUUGCCAACAUUUGGAUUGCACCUAAAAACCACACCAGAAACAGAAACGUUUAACCCCAGAACAUGUGAUAAAUAUAUAUAUAUAUAUAUAUAUAUUCUGUGCAAUAUUGCUUUAAAAGAGUUUGCUUUUGCUUUUUUUUUUUUUUUUUAAAUUCACAUUUUUUUGCAUUUCAGAAGUGUUUGAACCUCUGGGUGACAAGAAGUCCAACAACUGUGCUUUUGCUGAUAAGCUAUAUAUGUUGCAGUCUUCCCUGGCAUGCAAGGGGUUAACACAACAAUGGAGCUCUCGAGCGCCGCAGAGGAGACUUGCUGCUUAGAAUGCUGGGAUGUUAUGGGGGGGGGGGGCAACUUGUGAAGAUGCAACUCCCAGCUGCCGGCCUUGUGGCUCUGCUGGGAGUUAAACUCUGGCGAGGGCUGGCGUUCCAUGAAUGUUGCCAUCCUUACUGCAGAGUGUGUGCAAGUGUUUGGUGUGAGUACUGCAUGGGUCUACGUGUAACUCCUUGCGGGUUCCCAGGCCGGCCCUGGGGGCGCUCUCAUUAGAGAGGAGAAGCGUGGGAUAUAUAUAUUUAAUAGCGUGCUGUGCGUUGGGUGACAGUUUGCAGAAGAGGAGGCCAGGAGAUGGCUCCGAUGGCGAGGCUUGGAGUAUGUGCUGUUGAUGAAUGCCAUCUUUCAAUAAACAGAUAUUUUUGUUUUUCUUUGUUAUUGUUCUUUGCUGUAGCUGUUUAGCAGGUAACCGAGGGGGUUUGUGUUUUACCCCUCCCCUUAACAAAUAUAUUUCAUUAUGUU